UCAUCCAGUCCUGAACACAGUCAUGAGUGUGUGACGGGCUUCCAGUGCUCUGGGAGUGAAGCUCAUCUGGGGAACUGCAGCUCUCCACAAACUCUCAACUGCAGCUCCACACAACAGCUGUACAUCACCUGCCUUGGUCGUGGGUCCAUCAGGCUGGUGGGUUCUGGGGGAGACUGUGCAGGGAGGCUGGAGGUUUUUCACAGUGGCUCAUGGGGGACAGUGUGUGAUGACUCCUGGGAUAUUAAAGAUGCCCAUGUGGUGUGCAGACAGCUGCAGUGUGGAGUGGCCCUCAGUAACCAGCAGGUACCAGCCUGGUUUGGUCCUGGUUCUGGACACAUAUGGCUGGAUGAGGUGAAGUGUGAGGGGAAUGAGACGUCCCUGUGGAGCUGCUCUUCUUCAGGCUGGGGAAAACAUGACUGUAAUCACAAGGAGGAUGUAGGAGUCGUGUGCUCAGAUUUUAAAGAGAUCAGGUUAACUGAGGGCUGUGAAGGGAAUGUGGAGGUUUUCUACAAUGGAUCCUGGGGU